AUGGAAGGUGUAAUUCAGUUGCAAAGACAGUUGGUUGAGUAUAGAACCUCCUUGUACAAUGAGGGAUUUCUGGAUGAUCAGUUCAUCCAGCUUCAGCAACUGCAAGAUGAGAGUAACCCAGACUUUGUGGUUGAAGUGGUGUCUCUCUUCUUUGAAGAUUCUCAGAGGCUUCUUAAUGAACUAACCAAAGCUCUACAUCAGCAAAGUUCAGACUUCAAGAGGCUGGAUGCCCAUGUUCACCAGUUGAAGGGUAGCAGCUCCAGCAUAGGAGCACAAAGAGUUCAAAAGGUUUGCAUUGCCUUCCGCCACUAUUGCGAUGAACAGAAUACUGAAGG